CGGCGGUAGCCUUGGCAGCAGCUGCGCCGGCUCCGCGGACUCGCCGGGUGGGCUCAGUUCCGCUCACGCAGGAGUCGAGCGCAGCAGGCGGGGAAGGGACCUGCUGAAGCUGCGGCCUCCCAGCCGCUCCCGGAGCGCUCGGCAUCUCCCCCGGCCCGGCCGGCCCGCUCCAUGCCGCUCCAUUGCGGAAGUGUAGCGGGGGGAGGGGGCGGCGGCGGCUGCACUGAGCGCGGGAGGCCGGAGCUCGGCCCCUUGCAGCACUAGGCUCUGGGAGCAGCGCGGCGCGCCCACCGGCCCGGCUGCCCGUGCGCCCGCCGCAGCCUGCAUGCCCCGCGCUGCGCCUCGCCCGGCCCCAGCCGCCGCCCACUGCUCGCACCGCUGCUGCCGGGCGCCGGAGUAAUAUGCUCACUCGAGUGAAAUCUGCCGUGGCCAAUUUCAUGGGCGGCAUCAUGGCUGGCAGCUCAGGCUCCGAGCACGGCGGCGGCGGCUGCGGAGGCUCGGACCUGCCCCUGCGCUUCCCCUACGGGCGACCCGAGUUCCUGGGGCUGUCUCAGGACGAGGUGGAGUGCAGCGCCGACCACAUCGCCCGCCCCAUCCUCAUUCUCAAGGAGACCCGGCGGCUGCCCUGGGCCACUGGCUACGCAGAGGUUAUCAACGCCGGGAAGAGCACACACAAUGAAGACCAAGCCAGCUGUGAGGUGCUCACCGUGAAGAAGAAAGCAGGGGCCAUUACCUCAACCCCAAACAGGAACUCAGCUAAGAGACGGUCCUCACUUCCCAACGGGGAGGGGCUGCAGCUGAAGGAGAACUCGGAAUCAGAAGGCGUUUCCUGCCACUACUGGUCGCUGUUUGACGGUCACGCGGGGUCCGGGGCUGCUGUGGUGGCAUCCCGCCUGCUGCAGCACCACGUCACGGAGCAGCUGCAGGACAUCGUGGAGAUCCUGAAGAACUCGGCCGUGCUGCCGCCCACCUGCCUGGGCGAGGAGCCCGACCACACACCCGCGAACAGCCGGACUCUGACCCGUGCGGCCUCGCUCCGCGGAGGGGUGGGCGCCCCCGGCUCCCCCAGCACCCCGCCCACGCGCUUCUUCACCGAGAAGAAGAUCCCGCACGAGUGCCUCGUCAUCGGGGCUCUUGAAAGUGCAUUCAAGGAAAUGGACCUACAAAUCGAACGAGAGAGGAGUUCAUACAGUAUAUCUGGUGGUUGCACAGCCCUCAUCGUGAUUUGCCUUUUGGGGAAGCUGUACGUAGCAAAUGCUGGGGACAGCAGGGCCAUAAUCAUCAGAAAUGGAGAAAUCAUCCCCAUGUCUUCGGAAUUCACCCCUGAGACUGAGCGCCAGCGACUUCAGUACCUGGCAUUCAUGCAGCCUCACUUGCUGGGAAAUGAGUUCACACAUUUGGAGUUUCCAAGGAGAGUACAGAGAAAGGAACUUGGGAAGAAGAUGCUCUACAGGGAUUUUAAUAUGACAGGCUGGGCAUACAAAACCAUUGAGGAUGAUGACUUGAAGUUUCCCCUUAUAUAUGGAGAAGGCAAGAAGGCCCGAGUAAUGGCGACUAUUGGAGUGACCAGGGGACUUGGGGACCAUGACCUGAAGGUGCAUGACUCCAACAUCUACAUAAAACCAUUCCUGUCUUCAGCUCCAGAGAGAGCUCCCCAGAAAAAUACUGUAUCAUCUCACUUCUAUGUGGAACCAAAAACAAAACCCCCAAGAAACAACAACAAAAAACCAAAACGCAAAGAGAUCAGACUUGCAGCUACCAGAGGUGGGGACAAAGGGGAAUUAGAGGAAGGUGCUCAAAAGGUAAGAGUCUACGAUCUCUCCAGAUACGAGCAUGGAGCAGACGAUGUGCUGAUCUUGGCCACUGAUGGACUCUGGGAUGUUUUAUCAAAUGAAGAAGUGGCGGAAGCAAUCACUCAGUUUCUCCCUAACUGUGAUCCAGAUGACCCUCACAGGUACACACUGGCGGCUCAGGACCUGGUGAUGCGUGCCCGUGGCGUCCUGAAGGACAGAGGAUGGCGGAUAUCCAAUGACCGACUGGGCUCAGGAGAUGACAUCUCUGUAUAUGUCAUUCCUUUAAUACAUGGAAACAAACUGUCAUGAAAACAGCCCAGAGUUUUAGAAGGACAGAAGGGAAGAAAGCUGGAAUGCCUCUGGGCGGGGCCGGGCUGGGAAGUGCCCCAGCAGAGUUCCAGACGAUGCCCCUCCUCCCUGCCCAGGUGGGAAGCUUGCUGCCGAAAGGCCUCUGGCUGAGCUCCAAGAGGACCCUCGGGUUUCAGUUUCCUCUUUAGUAACAGGUCUGGAUACUCAACAAGAGCAAAACAUAAAGGCUGCGACUGAGUGUUGUGCUUCUGUCGGUUCCUUUCAUAGGCCUCCUAGGUGGCCACUGCCCAUUUGGGAGCACAUCCGUCAUAUUUAUUUUAUCCAGAGUAGCUGGGGCAGCCCUUUGCGGGUGUCACUGGCAGAAGACUCUUCAGCCUGCCAAGCUGCCAACCUCCCUACGGGUUAAAAGUGCUGCAUUGGAGAGUUGGGGAUCAUGCCUCAGAAGAUGUAAGCGCCCAUCUUCUAGUAAGCCUGAGAUUUAUUUCAGGGAACACUGUGUGUGUGUGUGUGUGUGUGUGUGUGUGUGUGUGUGUGUGUGUGUGUGUGUGUGUGUGUGUGUGUGUGUGUGUGUGUGUGUGUGUGUGUGUGUGUGUGUGUGUGUGUGUGUGUGUGUGUGUGUGUGUGUGUGUGUGUGUGUGUCUCUCUCUCUCUCUCUCUCUCUCUUUACUGUUUUUUUGGUGCCGGUGGGGUGUGGCAGGGAAUUUUUUUUUCUUUUUUGACAUUCCUUGAAUCUUAAUUGUUUUCCUUCCAUAGAACAGGUCUGGGACUUUCCAGGCCCCUGUCGAGGAAUCUGUGUGUCCAAGUCCAGCCCAGACUGUCCCCAUAUCCCGUAGCCCACACCACCCAGGCCGCCAUCUGGAGCGGUGCCCUGGCUAAUGGAGUUCAGUCUUUGUUAUGUAACAGUUUUUCCCUGAGUUGCAUUUUCUCACCAAAUCAGUGUGUUUUUGUGGAAAUAUGGGUGUUUCUCUGGACCCACAGUUCCUCUGUCAUCUUCAAGGGCCCCCCUGGUGUGGGUGAGGUCUCUCUGGGAGAGUCGGGAUUUCGUUUCUGGAACGGUUGGCCCUCCCCCACCCGCUGUACCAUAGGGACAGACACAAAGCAGGGUUGAAGCGAGCAGGUUAAGAGGUUCCUUGUAUCAGUCAGUUCACCACACCCCAUCUGAGGACCACUCCUCCAUCUGGAUCCAGGUUCCGUGGACCAGGACCGUCCCCAAGCCCCCUCCAAAUAACAUGUUAAGGAGCAGAGUUCUGUCAAGCGCUGUCUCUGCCUCCCCAUCAUAUCUGGGCAAGGCCCGCUCGGAGUGGCCGUUUGAUAAAAGUGAAUUUGAAUCAGGCUGACUGGUCAUUCUCAGGCUGGACCCUCUGUUCCUUCUCCACGGAAUCAUGUCCCAGCCCCCCAGGUACCGAGACCCCUGUUCCCACUGUCACUCCACCUCUGGGUGUUCCUCACAAGAGCAGCGGCAGCCAGCAUAUCAGACCUCCCUGGUGCAUCUCGGCCGGGAGGACUUGCAAAAUAGAUUUUUAGAAAUCACUUUUAGGCAGACCGCUUCUGGGCAUGGGGGACCUUAUAGAGCAGUGUCCAGUCACCGAGUCUUCUCCCUGCAGACCUCCUGUGGUAGCGUCACCAUCUUGACUACUUUUUGUAAUAAGACGUGCUUCCCACCCAUUAAAGACAGAGGUCAUUGGUGUGAUUCCCCCCAGAAGGCUGGAGAGCCAGUUCCACUUCUCCUGUUUGUUCAGUCCCUUCCGCAGAGGGGAGAACAGGAACCUUUCCUCUGGGUAGUGGGUCGCCUGCGCUUACAUUCUUGGAAUGUAGCUAUUUUCUUAGGAAUGUCCUGGAGCCUUCCUGCUUCGGAAUGUAUUCAUCCCACAGUGUGGAGACAACCGCUGGUCUGGCAGGUGAAGUAUGGCGGGAAUUCACCCACCGAGUGUUUGCCAAAAUGUUGUUUGGGAAGAACUGGACUCACUGGUCCCUUGUCGGGAGUCAUCGUCAUCUGACGGCUUCCCUCCUCCUUCAGGAAAUCUUAGCCACCCCCAGCGUCUCUGUGGGGAGAAGUCUGUGGUAAACCAUUUGCUGCCCUGGCAGAACAAGAUGCUCUGGGGAAACAGGCAGGCAUCCUACAACAGCGUGGUCCGCUUUCUGUUGCUGCUCUGACUCUCAAAACCACGUACGAAUUCGGAAAUGAGAAAGUUGUACCUGGAGGGCUCUGAGCUGCCUUCUUUGGGAGGCUGUCCUCACAAGCAGUCACCUCUCCCCCGUGUUUCCACUGCCUUUCACUUCUUUUAUUUCCUGGGCUUCUCUCUGGGCCCUACCUUGAGCUGCUCUGGUUUUACUCAAGACACCAGAGUCAGAGUUUGCAUGUGCAUAUCAUAGAGAUGUCAUGACAGCCUGGACUCAAUUCUCCAAUUCAUUUCCUGCCAAGGCAUGUCUCAGCAAAAACUCUGGAAGCCCCUGAUUCAAUUUAUCCUAAAGUUUUGAGUAUUUAGUCCUACUGGAUUUAGUUAGAAAGGUGUCCAGGAAUUCUCCUCAUAAGCCCCCUUGGGUGGAAGGAUCUUAGUAGCAAGCUGAAGCCAUGUUGUCAGUUUGGGGGAUUGGAGGGAAACCACAAAUGAGAUGAAUAAAUCAAAUGUGGAAAAAAAAUGAUCUGUUAAUGCCCGCGGCAGGUCUGCCCAGCACCGAUACUGCUCUGUGAAUUGAGCUUACUCAGUUUUAGCCUCAUUUUUCCCCCUUGGAGCAUUCCUGGAAAGGUCAAAAGGCAACACACUCAAAAUUCUGCAGAACAUAUUUAUACGUGGUUCUGUGAUCUUGCGUAUCUGACUUACAGUCAAGUCUGCUUGCCCCAGUAGCCUCAAAGGAAGUCUUAUUUAAUAAAAGGCUUUCGAUUUCCUAGUCAAGUCUUUACGGUUAUCUGGGGGGGAGGGGUGUGGCCACUUCCUUAAAUGAAAGCCUCUCUCAGUUCUAAAUCUCUUUGCUGGACUGGCACUAGCUCUUCAGAAUAUUUGGUGACACUCUUUUCCUUAAAGAGAGCAAACUUGCACUCCAUCCACACUGUGGCAUUUUGUCAGGCAACAGGCAAACCUGUGUUCUCUCAAAACCUGAAAUCGGAGCAGUACCAGACCCAGAAAACUGGAGGGUGUGUUCUCCUGUGGUUGUGCUUGCCUAACUGCUGUUCUUACAGAGGGAACAGAGAAGUGAAAGUCGGGCUAGGCCAAGUACUCAGCUGUCUAAUAGGACAGAACCCCCAAAGUGGGAAUUUGUUAUUUUCCACAGUUUACAGUUUGGGGGAAUUUGGGGUAUUUAAUUUCUUAAUCCCUAGCAAUUUACCUCCAUGAGGCUGCAUGAGGUCAGCUGUGCUCAUUCUUUUUGUGCUCUUCUAAGUAUUCAUUUACUUCUUGGAAAGAAUCACAGCUGUCAGUAGAUACUGGUGGGCAAGGAUGAGAGUCCCAGUAUCCAGAGUUGGCCUCAGAUCUUGGCCAUUCGGGCAGGGUUUUCGGUUCACCAAGAGCACUAGCGUGGAAACACUUGGAAAAAAAACUCUCACAUCUUUACGACUCUGGUCUAACCUCCUUCCUCAUCUGCCAAUCAACUUUAUUUACAAGGCCACGAGUAGUCAGUGGUUUUCUUUCUCCACCACAGUCUGAGGAUCUUACCUUUCCUUAAGCAGCCCAGCAGCUCCACUGCUUUCAGACUGAACAUGUUAAACUUUAAUGAGAUUCUAUUUUUGGUAAGUUCGUGCUAUUGGGACACAUGAAGAAAGCAGUGAGAGUCACUAUCUAUGCAAAAACCCACCAGGCUGACCCUAAAAGGUAGCGGAUCUAAGAAAAUACUAAAACAGUAUCUGGCCACCGGACAGAAUUUUACAUUAGGAACUUGGAUUUUUGAAGACUUUCAGUUGCAGAGACAUGUCACAGCCUGUGCACCAUAAGCCCCCCAAGUGUACUUUGGUUCUGUGUUGGGUGAUGUGACUUAUGUGCAUACACUGGGAUUUUUCAAAGGACACUACAUGAGCAGCCCCACCUGCCUCUUCUGUAAGUACCGUGGUGGCUCUUUGUGGUUUGAGUGUCAGUCCAGGGAGUGCUGCUCUUUAUAAUCCACAUGAUUUGUGUAAAUAGCUUUAAUUUUGCCUUUGCGUCUUAGAUAUUUUGUUUAUGUAGCGCCCAGGUAGACAGUGACCAAAUGAGGCUUUAAAUGUAUUGUUUUCUACUGUGAUGUACUUGAAGGAGAAUCUCGUGUCCUCCACUCUUCCAGUCUUCCAUAGUAUUUUGUGUUUGGGGUGUCCUGAGGUUACUCUAUUACUCCUGUUUUGCCUCCACUUUCUUUGUUUCUUUUGGAAACCCAGGGAGGUCCACAGUGGAGAUCAUUUGUAAGCAAUGUAUCAUGGUCUGGGUUUCCAAGAAAAUACCCUACGUACAGUGAAUGAGAGGAAUCUGCCUGAAAAUGGUUUCGGAACCAUGUACCUUUAUGCUUUGUGAUUGUGAAACCUUGACUUUUGUAAUCCAAAAAUGAAAACUGUUUAGUAAAGGGGAUCUAUUUUGUGUGUUUUGAAACUUAGGUGCAAUGUUCCCUGGAAAAAGCUAAAGAAAUGUAUAUGCUCAAUGCCAUUUUAAAAUAAAAUAUUAUACAUAUGUACAUAGGACACCUUUAGCAAAACCUUUUUGUGUCAUUUCGUUUAAUUCACUAAGAAGUUUCUUCAUACCAGGUAGUGGAAUGAGUUGAGAGGGUCAUGGCCUCAUGGGGAGUCAUCAACUGUGAACAGACUCAAAAUCAGACGGGAAUGGAUGCCAACACUAUAAAUCUUCACAGGAAUCAGCAGUAAGAGCUGUACAUUUCACCAGUGCCUUUAGAACUACCAUGGAUAUUACUCCCAAGAACUACUCCCAACAGGUAAUUCUUUUUUUUUUUCUUUUUAUUGAGGAUAACUGACAGCAUUAUAUUAGUUUCAGGUGUACAGCAUAACGAUGCAGUGUGUACAUAUUGUGAAACGAUCAUCACAUUAAGUCUAGAGAACAUCCAUCACCAUACAGCAUUACUAACUUCUUUUCUUUGUGAUGAGAACUUUUUUUUUUUUU